GCAACAGUAGCCCAGGAGGAUGGCUGGCAGCAGCAGUGAGCUGGCAGCAGCCCGGGCAGGGGCAGCGUGGCCUGGAGGAGGUGGGCACGGAGGGCAUGGAUUUGGAGGCAGACCGACCAUACGUCCCUCAGGGGACUCUGGAGACAGACUUCCCAACCCCGUUGUACAGUGACGAGUACCUCACGCUGCGCGGGCCCCGCAAUGCCCCCGUCCUGAAGCAGGCCGUGCGCUGGAAGUGCACCCCCAUGGGCCGAGACGCCAUCCCCCAGACCUGGUACACGGGGCUGACCAACAGCGACAACCGAGACGUCUGGUACACGCUCACCAGUGGCCUGAGCCGCGAGGCCUACCACCGCUGGGCCCGCUCCCUUGCCAAGAGGGAGCGGAAGACCUUGCCCCCUGCCUAUGCCCAGCACCUGCGGGAGGGAUCAUGGUUUGACCCAGUGGUCCCUGCCCAGUACUUGGAGCCCAGCACCAGGUGGGGGGCCUUCCUGUGGAAAGACAAACCCGUCCUAGGGAAGGAGUAUGUUGUCAACCGUAACCGCGCCAGCAGUGAGCUGAAGGGCCACGCUGGCUACGUCCCCUGCCUGGCCGCCCACACGCCCGCCUUCACCACCAGGGACUUCCGCACCUGGACGCUCUUCAGCCACCAGCCAUCCACCAACCAGUAAACGCUGCUGUGCCGCAGGCUGCCUCCGUCGGGCUGGGGGGAGCGAGCAGGGUUGGGGCUGAGUCACCCCCAGUGGCCUGAGUUGCUGGGCUGCCAGGGGCUCCCGGGUGUCCUACUGCAAGGAGCCUGGCUCUGGGCCCGUGGCUGGCUGGAGUUGUGGCCAGCGGCCCUGGGUACCCGUGGCAGGCCUGUCUAGGCUGAGCAGACCCUUCCCACCCAUGCACCUGCCUCAGCUGCUGUGCCACCCCCAGCGGGCUCCCCUCCGGGGAACACACAGCCUUGCCCGGCUGCCUUCCUAGCUCUGCCCAACCCCCGCCCCUCGGUCGAGCCUUGGGGCCGGAAUGGGCAGCAGCCAGAGGAGUUAACGGCCCCCCAGCCGUUCAUUUCUGCCCGGGCAGACACUGGCGCUGUGCAUGGGCAGGGCCAGAGGGCUCCUGGCAGGCUGUGCACCCAGCAGCCCCUCGCUCCAUGCCCCUUAGCUCGCUCCUUGGUGUGAUGCUCCCUGCCCAGACUCACGUCUCUCCUGUGCUGGCCCGGCGUGGAGCUGCCUGGCUGUAGGGUCCUGGGCUGGGCCCAGGUUCCCCUUGACAUGCACUUACUGGGGGUCCUCUAGGGCUCACCCACCGCCCCCAGUCCUCCCUUCCCUUGGCAGCAGAACCUGCUCUGGGCUCCUCCCCACACUGGCCUGGGGCCUUGUAGGGGACACAGUUGAUGCUGGGGGCAGGCGUUCAGGCCCCCCAGGGUUCACUGCUCUGUUCUGCCUCGGUGGCACCACUGCUGCCCUGAGCUGGCCGUGCCCAGCAGGGCCCACCCAGCAUCUCGCCACUGCUUUGUUCCUGCUGCAGGCAGCCCCAGAGGCUGGCAGCCGUUCUGCGCCAGCAGCUUCUUGAGACCAUCUCCCAGGCCCUAGGACUGUCCUGCCUGGGCAGCUGGGCUUACCUGGCCCUAUCCCCACCCCCCAUCUCUCCAGGACCCACUCGCUCACCAGCGCCCCAGAGACUCAUAUAAUCUCAGGGUUGGAAGGGACCUCAGGAGGUCAUCUAGUCCAACCCCCUGCUCAAAGCAGGACCAAUCUCCAGACAGAUUUUUGCCCCAGAUCCCUAAGUGGCCUCCUCAAGGAUUGAGCUCACAACCCUAGGUUUAGUAGGCCA